AUUAAACAACGGACAGAUUAAUUCAAAAACUAAUAAGAAUUGUUGCUUUAGUUAAAUUUAAAAGACAUCAAUGCACUGUAAGUAUUGAUAAGAAAUUUAUGGUACAUCAAAAAUAUGGAUCGAAGUGUAAAAAGUGAGAGGAAAACAAGAAGUAUGCGCCUCAAGGAGAAUUGCGAAGAAGUACCUAAAAGUUUAAUUAAAAAGGGUAACUAUGUGCGUAAUCCUGAAUUAGAAACAAACAAUGAUUUUGACGAAGAAGUGCCUAAGUCUACUCGUAAGCUAAGACGACAUACGCUCAAAGAACAAAACAGAGCAAAUUCCGAAGAUGAUAUUCCAGUAAAAAAACAUAAAAAAUCAAGCAGGACUAAAAGAAAUCAUACAGAAACCUUUGAUAACCUGGAUACAGGGGAUCAGCAUGACGUUGAAAUUCCGGAAGUAAAGCAUAAGGUGAAGAAAAGCAAAAAGAAAAAACAGGAUGUUAUGGUUGAAGAUGUAGAGAACGUUGAUGAUAUAAAAGACGUGCCAAAGACAAAAAGGAAGUCUAAAAGGAGAAAGAAGCAAUCAAGUGAAGCAAGUCCUAUAAAAAUUGAAGAAAAUAAUGAAGAAAAAAAUGAAAUAUUUGUAAAAGAAGACCUGCUGAAUGUAAGCAAUGCAUCAAAUGAAUCUUAUCACAGUGCUGCUGGCAGCAUUCACAGCGAGAAAUUACUUGAAGUCAAUGGCACAGUUACAGAAUCUGAAUCUGCAGUCAUAAAUAGAUCAAGAAAGAAAUCAACACCAAAAUCAUCUAAAAAGAACAACAUUUACAAGUAUUCUGUUAAAAAUGAGAUAGUUAUCAACUCAUUUGAAAAAGAACCUUUGAAAUCUGAAUCAAAUGCCUCUAAAACUUCUGAAAGUUUCAAUAAAUCUAUGGAAAAUAAAAAUCAUAGUAAUACAUCUAAAAUAAAACUUGAUGAUACUUUUGAAAAAACAAAUUUAAAUAACAGCAAUUGUUCAAAAGUGAAACUUGAUGAUACUUGGGAAAAAAUAAAUUCAAAUGAAAACAGUUGUUCUAAAAUAAAACUUGAUACUUAUGAUAAGCCAAUAUCAAAUGAAAACAAUUGUUCAAAAAUAAAACUUAAUGAUACUUUUGAAAAACCAAACUUAAAUGAAAACAAUUGUUCAAAAAUAAAACUUAAUGAUACUUUUGAAAAGACAAAUUCAAAUGUUUCUAUUAAUAUUGAAAACUGCAAUAAUCAGUCCAUGAACAAACGAAGAUCAUCCAGCAUUUUGUUGUUAGAUGCAUCUAAUUCAAUGACAAACUUAAACAACACAUUUGAUAAAUCUGAUAGACCUAAUGAGAACAAAUCACUAGAUGCGACAUUGGAAAAACAAAAACUAAAUGGUACUUAUGACUUUGAUGAGAAAAAUGCAAGCUUAAAAUCUGACGGUAACAAAACAAUUGACAACGCUAACAAUUCACAUAUCAGUAUUAACAGUGACGAUUCUAAAACAGAAAAUUUAAUAAACAUUACCGCAGAGUUAGUGGAGAGUAGCAAUGAUGAAAUAUCUUUUAAAAAUUCCCCACCGAAAACAGGAACUCAAAAUUUAGAACUACCACUAACACCUUUUAAACGGGAAGGUACUUAUACUAAAGAGAGUCCACCGUACGUUGAACAAGAGCCUGACACAAUAUCCAUAGAUUCCGGAAACACUGGAAGUGAUAAUUCAUGUAGGACUCCGGAUAGACGUAAAACAUUACAGUCACCAGGGUGCACACCAUUUGUGAUGAUAAAGGAGAAAAAGACAGUUUUUAAUGUAACACGUUCUAUUGAAAAGUCAUUACGGAGGUCUACAUCCAUGGAGCCAGCACCCAGGGCCACCAAGGUGAUGUUCUGUAGCCCCACGAACCAGGCCACCAUCGGCUCACAGAUUAAACGGAAGGUGAUCAAAUCUAACAUAAAAGGAUCAAAUAAAAGUUUUAUUUUUGAUAGUAGUGUGUCGGAGGUCAGUCGUUCAGGUCGUAAGCGGUCGUACACACAGAAUGAUGUAGAUGAGGUGCGCAGUAAGAGAUCUAAACUGGAGGAGGAGAAGAAAUCAGUGGAGAGACUCUCACGUCCCCGGACAUUGAGUGCUACAGUGAAAACCAGCGAAGCUUCAACACCAACAAAGAAACCAAUAGUGUCAAAGACAAAGCUAGAGAGUAAAGUUACAAGGACAAAGUUGCCAAACUUUACUGCAUUACAUCAGAAGCAGUUUGAUAAGAUGGAGUCACUGGAUCAGUGCCAGGAGAGGAAGGCAAAGCGCGCCAGGCAGUUGCUGACACCUACUGGAACUGUCAACAUGCUGGAAAAAACAAGUCCUAAAGAAAAAGAUACAGAAUCGGAUUCAAAAGCUGCAAAAGAGAAACCCAAACCGAGUACACCUUGUUUACGGAAAUCAAAAACAUUAAACCUCACAUCAUUGAACCCUGGAUACACGAGGUUUGGGUUCAAAAUGAACACCACCGUGAAUCCAUUCAGUGUACCCAAUAAAGAAGAUAAAGCGAACGAGAGUAAACUCCUUCCUUCUAGAACGGGCGCUACAACUUCUAGAAGAGAAGCAGCAAAGCAGACAGUGAUGAGAGAGAAAUCAUUCACAGAACGGAACAGCGCUAAGAGGAAUGAAAGCAGAACUUUCAUAAAAGGAGUUAGAACAAAUAGGAGGUUCCAAUUGCAGAUGCAAAUGAGAAAUGUUAACAUGAACUAAAAAUUUCAGGACAGGAAAUAGUGUUUGGUACAAUUCAGAAUAUCAAGUUAGUUAUUCACUUAUGGUAAUGAAUCCCCAUUGAUUUAGAAACCGAUAAAAUACGACAGUUUAUUUUUAUUGUCCUCAUGGACGAUUAGGGGAUAAAAGAAGGCUAUUUCAAAGUUAUUACUUACUAUAAACUUGUGCUACUUUUAUUACUGUGUGCCAUAAACGCAAGUUGUUUAAGGUACAAAUUAUUAUUUCGUACUUUUUAAUAUUAUUUUUAAACAAUUUAUUAAUUAAGAAAUGUUUGGAUUAACAUAUAAGCUAAUACUGACAAUAUUUAAUCCCCGGUAUUAAUAAAAUUUAAAAGUAUGGUCAUCAGCUCACAAUACAUCCCCACUGAGAAGCUCAGACAAUAUCCUAAGGGUCCGUGCAAACGGGCCACCGACAACCAGUUCACACGAUUUUUUAUACAUUUUAUGAUGGCCAACGGUGACUGUGGUCGGUAGCCCGUCUGCGCCGAGCCUAAGUUAGGAGUGACUAGGCUAUAGUCAACCACGCUGGUCCAGAUUGACUUGGUGAAAAGUAUGGUAAAUGCUUACAAAUUUUGAUGCUACCUUUUAGUAUAGGACAAGUAUGUAUUGUUUUAACAAAUGAUUAAACUGUUUUUGUA